AGCCAGUUUGGUGCUGCCAUAGUAGGGGCAGCUCGCAGGGAUCGAGAACGAUUCCAUGAAGCACGACGGAAGAGUGCCUCCUUUUUUCUUUCUGCUGAGGAAGAGUUGGGUGGAGCAGGAGAAGUGGGAGGACGGACCCAGACUUCCCAACAGCAGCUGAGUUCCCAGCCUUCACCACGCCUGCGACCAUCCAAAUCUAUAGAUGAAGGCAUGUUCUCAGGUGAUACUUUUAUCCACCACACACGCAGUAUGCCUCCUGCCUUUGGCCUGCCCGAGUACUCCUCACCUGCUCCUCCUGGGGAUUACCAGCCUAAGUCUGUACCUGCUGACUUCUAUGGGGCGGGAGGGCGACAACAACAGCAGCAGCAAGCCUCCACCACAACUUUCAUUCACCCAUUAACAGGGAAAGUUCUGGACCCUUCAUCCCCACUAGGCUUGGCGUUGGCUGCAAGGGAACGUGCCUUGAAAGAUGAUGGUCGCAUGCGCAGGGAGAGGACCACUGAACAUCAUUUUACCCGUCAGUUGUCCAGCAUUGGGACCUUUCCCUCGUCCACUGCACAACCAACGUCACACAUCUCCUACUCAAUGGCCUCGUCUUCCUCUGCACCCUCCUCUGCUGCUCAGUCCUCAAGCUCCUCCUCAUACCUUGUUACCUCCUCAUCACUCGCUGCCACCACUACAUCCACUCGGCCUCCAUCUCCCAGGAUCCUGCGUGGAGCAGGAAGCAGCUGGGGUGAGGAAGCAGGGGUUGGAGAGCGUGCAGAUAGGGAGGCUGCUGGCACCUCU